CCCGUCGGCCGUGUUUACCUGGCUCGCAGGAAGCCCGGGAGGCGGGGGAGGAGCGGCGGGCGCGCCCGGCCCUCGGAGCAGCCGCCAGACUGCGCCGCCGCGCCGGCGAGGACGAGCCUGCGGCCCCGGCGACCCGCAGCCCCGACCCCGAAGGCGGCGCCGGCGCUCCGGGACCCCGCGCGCUUGGGGCCCGGGCGGCGGGAGGCGGCCCGGACCCCGCGGCGCCCUCGGCCUUGGAGAGAGGAUCGCCGCGCGCAUCUGAAGACCUCGGGCCUCAGGAUGGGGAACCACUCAGGGAAGCGGGACUUUGGUGCCGAGAAGGGCAAUAAGGAUAGUGAAACUAACAGAGGAGAAUAUGAAAAGAAGAGAAACACUCGUGACCUUUCCCGGGAGAUCUCAGAAGACAGUGAUGUGUUUGGAGCGGCAGAUGUGGUCCCGAACAAUGGGGCCCCCUCGCAGGACACAGCGGUGACAGACUCCAAGCGCACAGCGGACCCGAAGAAUGCCUGGCCCGAGGCCAGCCCAGCUGACCCGGGGGGCCGCCCCCACCUGGUCCGCCUCUUUUCCCGAGAUGCCCCGGGCCGGGAGGACAACACCUUCAAAGACCGGCCCUCGGAAUCAGACGAGCUCCAGACCAUCCAGGAAGACAGUGCGGCCGCUCCCGGGGCGGUGGACGCGAUGGCGGCCCAAAAGAGACCCUCCCAGAGAUCCAAGUACCUGGCUUCAGCGAGCACCAUGGACCACGCCAGGCACGGCUUCCUCCCCAGACACAGAGACACGGGCAUCCUCGACUCCCUUGGCCGCUUCUUUGGCACGGACAGGGGUGCGCCCAAGCGGGGCUCAGGCAAGGUGAGCUCCGAGGAGUAGAGGCGCACGACACGGGCGUCCCCGGAGGAGUGAGUGGGGCGGGAAGGGGACCCACGGGUGGACUCAGCCCUGAGAGGAGGUGCAGCGUCUUGCUGGAGAUGCUUACGAGCCCCUUGGUCGCGGCUUUUGAAGUUCCCACCCUCCUCCCCCCACUCACCAGGGAUGCAGUCAGAACGUGGCUCCGGGUGGAGAACAUUCUGAGUUCGCAUCUCUGGGGUGGCGUGGGUGUGGGCGCUGCAGAAAGGGUGCCCUGUGCUGGGGUCUCCUGUGUCUCGUGCCUGGGGCUUGAGUGCCGGUUCCGCUUCUGCUCCCGCGCCCCGGGGUCAACACUGGGCUGAGCUGGUUUGUUCUUGGACUCAGUGCCGCCAGCGUCGUGUUGCUUUGUAACAAUACUGCAAUUGAGGACUUUGGGACAAAUUUAAAUUUGCCUUGAGCAGAAGUUGUCUUUUGUCUGAGUCGCAGAGGGGAAUAGAUGAAGUGUGUCUGUGAAUCAAAACUGUAUGAUUUUGUUACUCUGUUCGUUUGAAUAUAGAAUUUGCGCUUUAAUUAUUUAAAUGUUCUGUAGAUAAAAAUGUAUCACAAGAGAAAAUUGCUCCUAUUGUGGUCUGGGUUGCAGCAGGAGCUACUGGACUUGGUGAAUAGAUCUUUUAUGGUUGACAUUUCAUUGAAGAGCUAAUCCCCAAGUGACAAUCGCAUAGAAAAUACAUGGCAUGUGUGGCACCUGAUUUUAGAGUGUUGGAUAGCUGGGGGAUUUUGGAAAGAGUGAGGCUUUCCAUAAAAGCCCCUGGUUUACUGGGUGUGCUCACAAAACUCCUAAGAUGCCCCUUGCUUCUGGCUGUGUCCUGUGCUUAUCCUGAAAGGCCCAGGGAGGCAAGAGGCUUCUGAGCCAAGUGUGGGCAGAGGCCCUGGACGUCUGGGGCCUGGGAGCGCGGGAAUUUCUCAGAUUUGCUUUAGUCUCUAGCUACAGUUCUUAAAAUGACUGACGAUCCUGAUGUUGUUGAAGAUAAAACAGAUGUCAGCUGUGCCUGUAUGGUGUCAUGGUGUGUUGAGGUUUUCAGGCACCUGCUUGGAGCUAAGAUCUGUCACGUGGCUUUCUAGUGAAUAACUCAGUGUACCUUCCAGGCUUCUAGAGUUUAUUUCCUGAUGGUUUCCUUCUGCGUCCUGUACUUUGGGGCAGUCUUACCUCCCCCAGAAACGUGGGUCAGCUGAUCCGUUUCUAAUGCUAGUUUCAAUCCAAGACGCUAUCAAACCACACCGGAUCCUGACUGCCUAACCCAGUCUUGCUAUUAUGCAAAGCACCCCACAUGCAUGCAGUGUCACCAGUUUCGAAACUUUAAACUAUUCUGUUUAACCCAAAGGAAAAAUACAGUUGCAGGAGACUAAACAGCUGGAGAGCAUCUAUUAUGAAACAAGUUUCAUUUCAGGGCAACAGGUUAAGCUAAAAUCAGACUGUGAAAGCAUUUAUGUCAAUUGUUGUGACCUUAUCUCAAAAUGACUCUAUUAGACAUACAUGUUUUUCUUCCUUUGUGUAAAAGUUCAACAUUGAUUGCAUAAAGUCUCAUAUUCCUCAACAUUUUCAAAGAAAAGAUGCCUCAGAAGUAGACAUCCAUGUCGCAAACUAGCCUUGCUAGAUUAUCAAGGAUCUAGAUUAAAACAUUUCACAGGAUUUAAAAACUAGAAACAAUGCUGAAAUAACUGAUAUAGUACUUUAUACUAUUGAUACUUUAAAGUAUCACUUCUGUUCACCCCUGGGUCUUGAAUAAAGAAGAUUUUUAAAUGAACAGCUUUGCCCUUUGAUGCCAAUGAAAUCCAUUAGAAUUUGAAUGUAAAAUCAUAUCCAUGGUUGCUUAUUACAAACACUGGCUAGGAUACAUUCCUGUCAAGUAUCUUUGCUGAAAAUAUGCAGUGGGCCUUCCUGGAAAUAGGCAGUGGGGCUUCCUGGACAUACUUUUUAGCUCACCUGUUUUCCUGUGGAUACUUUUGUUCACUUUUAAACACUGGAGGUGUGAGCAUAAUACACUCUAUACCCACUGACACGCCUGCAGUGCCUAGAAGCCUGCAGUUUUUAUUGGUGUGGGUUUGUUUCUUGGUUUUGAUUUUAUUUUUGCUUUGCUCUGUUGAUAAACCAGGAGAGCCCUCAUUUUAUUAGAUGCUAGAAAGGUCUUUUGGACUGAAGCAUGUGAAGCCGAAUGGAGCUCUUGGCUCCUGGGAAAGGGGCUGUCUGUCGCCUGUCUCCCUCCUCCAAGGACACGUGGGGGCCCCGGGGUGAGCAGCGCCCCCAGUCCUGGGAAUGCACCAACACACCCACCCUUUGUGUGGCCGGGAGUUGGCAUUCAGGGAAAGCACACACAAAUUCCUUGAGGAGGCAUAUUCUUUUGAGAGCCUUAAAUGAAAAGUGCAUUCAUGGAGACCAUGCGCCUUUGUUGCGGGAGGAAAGAAAGACGGAGUUGUUGCCUUUAAGGAGCAGGUUUCCAAGUCCCUGGACCGCGGGGCCCUGUGAGGGCCAGCACUGUACCCUCAGGCUUCACCCCAAAAUCACGACCCGUUAGCUUGGACAAUAACCGAGGUGGCCUCAAUGACCUGGGCUGCCCCCUAGAGGGACUCGAGGAGAAGGUCUGUGUCGCCUUCCUCCAGCGAGCCCGCCCUCCUGCAGGCGCUGUAAAGCUGGCUUGGGUCCUGGCGGCUAUACCUGUUUCCCGCUGCUGACUUCGUAGUCAGAGCUGCGUCUGUGCACCGCCGGUCUCAGCACCCAUGGCCGUCCGUGUCCAGCCUCCCCUCCCUGCCAACGGUCUUGACUGUGGGGGGUGAGAACCUUUGCUGCCAUUUAGGACCCUGGGGACAAGCAGUCUUGAAAAUUAGUCACAGUGUUCUAUUUCCUGCCUUUUCCCUUCACUCACAUUUUAGUUGUACGGUAACUGCUAACUCCUCAUUGUUAACAUGGUACCCUAAUGCUGGAGAUGUCUUCUGUAGCCCCCGGCGAGGGUGACAUUUGAGGGUGACGUGAAGGACACGGCAGGAAGGGCCUGCAUAAGGUGCCCCACUCCAUGUGAGUCUGGCCCCGGGCUGGGGGCCAGUAGAGCUGCACUCACCUCUGCCGGGAGUGAGUCCGCUCACAUCACACGAACCGUGAAUCUCAGUGUCAGUUUUCCUGGCACCCACCCAGCCACUCAGCACAUCGGUUUGCCGAGAGAUUUGGCUGGAGACCUUUCUAGAGAAAAACCUCUUUAUGCUGGGGUACUUGUUUCCGCACUCAAAGAAACACUUGCUGAGAUUCACUACAGGAAUUCCUUCCGAAGUAUUCAUGUCAUUCCUCUGAUCGAUUAUGGAUCAGUUAUUGAUUGGCUCCCAGUGCUUCGCCGUGUCCUCCUGCGGCCUCCACACCCUCAGCGCUCCGCUGUCUCUAACCAGAGGAGAGGUCAAUCAGAAUGUGACGCCCUGUGUGGGUGGCGAUGUGCUGGUCCUCCGAGCAAAAUGUUUGUAAAUUGUGUUGAUGUAUUUAAUGCUGAUUGCCUUCUGCUGUCUGUAUUCCGAUUUGAUUUUGUGAUGACCUUUUGCUUUUUAUAUAUCUCUCCCUUUUUAUGCAUUUAUUAAACAUUUUAACAGACUAAUUCAUUGCACGUGA